CUGCGUUUCUCGCAUUGCUUGGUAUUUGAACGCCCGGUCGAGACGUAUCCGGAAUCCCGAGUGGCGGCUGUGGGACGCAGAGCCGCCGACGUUUCUUUCUUCUCCCGGUCCGAUUCCACUUCCGAGGUCGAGGCGAGGUUGGUGUGGUGUUCUGCCACUAAGGCUGGGAAGCAUUGUCCAAGAAGAAAGAUGCGUGUAACAGGAUCGCUUCAACUGUGCUUACAGAAUUGUUGCUCCAGUUGCAUGAUCCUUUAUCAUUGUAAAUAAGACCUGGAAGCAUGGCAGAAUCCAGUAUAUCCAUCGUCGGGGCCGAUUUAACAUUGUUAUAGGGUCAAUUAAUAGUCAGUAACAUCCUUGGAGUAGUCGGGGCUGAUUUAACAGUGUUAUAGGGUCAGUUAAUAGUCAGUAACAGCCUUGGAGGAGUCGGUGACACAUCGUCUGGUCUUCGGGCGUUGUAAGUAUUGUGUUGUAUCAGUCUGGUUUGAAGUAUCAUAAGCAUACAUGGAAAACAGAGGGCCUAUCCUGAUGCAAAGAUUUGAAGUAGGGAGAUUACUAGGACAAGGAAAUUUCGCAAAGGUAUAUUAUGCUAGGAAUCUUAGAACUGGCCAGAGCGUUGCCAUUAAGAUGAUUGACAAGGAGAAAGUAUUUAGAGUUGGUGGUGCAGAACAGAUCAAGCGGGAGAUAUCAGUAAUGAGGCUGGUGAGGCAUCCAAAUAUUGUGUGCCUCUUUGAGGUCAUGGCAAGCAAGAGCAAGAUUUAUUUUGUCAUGGAGUACGUAAAAGGUGGUGAGCUAUUUGACAAGGUUGCCAAAGGCAGGCUACAAGAGGAUGUCGCACGAGGAUACUUUCAGCAGCUGGUCAUCGCUGUCGAUUACUGUCACAGUCGAGGCGUUUAUCACCGUGAUUUGAAGCUCGAAAACCUACUAUUGGAUGAUAAUGAGAACCUGAAGGUAUCAGAUUUUGGUUUGAGUGCUCUUGCUGAUUCCAAGAGGCAAGAUGGACUACUGCACACUAUUUGUGGGACUCCAGCAUAUGUUGCUCCUGAGGUAAUCAGUAGAACGGGAUACGACGGUGCCAAAGCUGAUAUCUGGUCCUGUGGGGUGAUUCUUUUUGUGCUUUUGGCAGGUUAUCUUCCCUUUCGCGAUUCAAAUCUCAUGGAGAUGUACAGGAAAAUUGGGGGAAGUGAGUUCAGGUUCCCUAGUUGGUUCUCAUCUGAUGUCCGGAAGCUGAUAUCAAAAAUUUUAGAUCCUAAUCCAAGUACCAGAAUUUCAAUGUCAACAAUUACCGAAAGUAAAUGGUUCAGAAAAGAGACCGAUGACAAGAAAUUAAAUAGCAAAGUAUUCAUGGAUGUGUCCAGAGCUUUCAACUCCGUCGGUAGCAAAACUGAUGAAGGAAUGCAAGAGUCGGAUGAAGUCACAAAAUUGAAUGCUUUCGAUAUCAUCACUCUUCUAUCAGGAUUCAAUCUUUCGGGUCUGUUUCGGGAGUGGAACCAAGAUAAAGAAGCACUAUUCACUUCCAACAUGCCACCAUCAACCAUCAUCUCAAAGUUUGAGGACUUAGCCAAGCAUCUGAAGUUAAAGAUUAAGAAGAAGGACACUGGGGUUAUAAAAAUAGAGAGAUUGGAUGAAGGCAAGAAAGGUGUUCUAGCCAUGGAUGCCGAGAUCUUUGAGAUCACCCCUUUGUUUCGUUUGGUGGAAAUAAAGAAGUCCAAUGGUGACACUGUAGAGUAUCAUAAGUUGAUAAAAGAGGGCAUGAGGCCAGCUCUGAAGGAUAUCGUGUGGACAUGGCAAGGUAAUUCUUGGCUGUCAGCUUCAUGACACAUUUCCAAUCGUAUCGACACUCUCUAAAUGUUGUGUAUAUAUGUAUGUUGUUUAUAGAUGUUGUUGGCAGAGAGAUGUUCUUCGGCCUCUUCAGGUGAGAUUUCACUAUGGAAGCAAAAGUUGCAACUAUGAGUUCCAACUUCGCCACUAGUGCUUGCUUAUUAGUGUAGCAUCAUCUCCCUGCUUUAAAUAGCAUAAGCUUGUUUGUUAUGGUCAUGAAUUUUAGACAAAGAAGCUCCUCCUCAGCUAGUGUUUCCGAUGGCAAACAGAGAGAGAACACAAUCCUCUCUGUCGAGUUUGGACUCUCAGUUAGCCAAUUAAAACAAGUAAUGAUAUGUUGCCUGGAUGGAUGUAAGAAGGCAUUGUCUUGUUUACCUCUCUGUUUGCCCUUUUUAUAUGGUGAUUCUGAAACUGGGAGGACAACUCCUAAAAAUUCCAAUGGAUAUAAGAAGCCUUUUCCUUCUA